CGAUACUAUUGCCAUCGACGGUUUGACAACUCCAUUUUGGUGUGUGUGAGCAUUGUGCGCGGUUGAGAAAAAUUGUAGAACCUCAUCGGAUUUUGUUUAAUAAAAAAUAAACGAAAUGGAGCAUCAUACAUACACUAAAAGUGACUCGAAAUCAUGGACCGUAGAGCAGACGCGCCGCCUGGUGACAAAGCGCAUAAGUGCGGAUCAUAUGUUCAAGAAACCCUCGCUGCGGAGCGAUCGGGAUUGGAAGGCUUUUAAGGAAACGGCUAAGAUUGAUGAUUUUGAUGGGAAAGAACUGCGAAAUAAAUGGCAAGCCCUAUUGCAAGUCUAUCUCAAUAUGAGAAAUGGCAUCAGUGCGCCAAUCACCAAUCAGAUCAUCGCAGCAAUCAACGAGAAAUGGGAGUUUUUCGGUGAAAUCCAUCAAUUCAUGAUCAAGAAGAAUGACCAUCAUUCGUAUGCACAGAAUGCGACGAAUGAUCUGAAUGCGCAGUCGAAAGUGACUAAGCAGGUAACCAAAAACGUAACCAUCGAAGUGGCACCGGAAAUCGUGCCCCCAAGUCCUAAAACUCCAAAAAUGGUGGUGCAGAUUAAGACGGAAAUAGGUGAAGAUGCGAACGACAAUGGGGUGGAGGUCGUCGUCGCACCUGAACCAUUUGUUUUCAUUCCUGAGACAGCGAAAAACGUGCCACCAAAUCAGCAGGACAACGCCAAGGAAGUCGAGGGCGAGAAGGGUUUCAUAGCCCCAACAAAGAAUAAGACGACAAAUCGUUUUUUGACUCCGCCAAUAGGGGAGAGAGGGCCACUCUCGCAAUCUCUGCCCCCCACACCGUCCGAUGACUACAACAAAACCUCGGCUGAGCCCAAAGCUCGUAAGUCUCGCAAGCGUCCGGCUGAAGAGGAACUCUGCGAGAAUCAUAAGUACUGCAGACAUCGCUGUCGCUAUUUUCAGCUUAUGGAGAAGCAUCUCAUAGCAUUGGGCCGGGCUGUGAGUAAAAUUGUGAUCCCUUUGGCCACAUUUCUAGAUGUUGAGAUCGAGGUGACGGGUCUAGAGGAGUUUUUUGCAGCCGACUCGGAGCCAUCGCAGGUUGGCAGUGACAGUAGCACUGAAGAGGACUCCGAUCAGUAAUAAACAAAAGAUCGAAACAGAGUAUUCGGCGAGUAGUCUAUAAGUAAUGAAGAAGAGGAACCCAAGGCAGAGCCAAAGAAGCUCCCACUGAAACAGGGUCCACGUUUUUGUUAUCCCCUCAUAUUAUCUGUAUUUUUUUUUUUUUUUUUUUGUGUUAGUUCCUAGUUGCUGCCCCGCAAAGGAGUUUGUGAAAAUCAGGAAUAAACCAAGGGUCGAAACAGAGUAUUCGGCGAGUAGUCUAUAAGUAAUGAAGAAGAGGAGCCCAAGGCAGAGCCAAAGAAGCUCACACUGAAACAGGGUCCACGUUUUUGUUAUCCCCUCAUAUUAUUUGUAUUUUUUUUUUUUUGUUAGUUCCUAGUUGCUGCCCCGCAAAGGAGUUUGUGAAAAUCAGGAAUAAACCAAGGGUCGAAGCAGAGUAUUCGGCGAGUAGUCUAUAAGUAAUGAAGAAGAGGAGCCCAAGGCAGAGCCAAAGAAGCUCCCACUGAAACAGGGUCCACGUUUUUGUUAUCCCCUCAUAUUAUUUGUAUUUUUUUUUUUUUUUUUUGUUAGUUCCUAGUUGCUGCCCCGCAAAGGAGUUUGUGAAAAUCAGGAAUAAACCAAGGGUCGAAACAGAGUAUUCGGCGAGUAGUCUAUAAGUAAUGAAGAAGAGGAACCCAAGGCAGAGCCAAAGAAGCUCCCACUGAAACAGGGUCCACGUUUUUGUUAUCCCCUCAUAUUAUUUGUAUUUUUUUUUUUUUUUUGUGUUAGUUCCUAGUUGCUGCCCCGCAAAGGAGUUUGUGAAAAUCAGGAAUAAACCAAGGGUCGAAACAGAGUAUUCGGCGAGUAGUCUAUAAGUAAUGAAGAAGAGGAGCCCAAGGCAGAGCCAAAGAAGCUACCACUGAAACAGGGUCCACGUUUUUGUUAUCCCCUCAUAUUAUCUGUAAUUUUUUUUUUUUUUUUGUGUUAGUUCCUAUUUGCUGCCCCGCAAAGGAGUUUGUGAAAAUCAGGAAUAAACCAAGGGUCGAAACAGAGUAUUCGGCGAGUAGUCUAUAAGUAAUGAAGAAGAGGAGACCAAGGCAGAGCCAAAGAAGCUACCACUGAAACAGGGUCCACGUUUUUGUUAUCCCCUCAUAUUAUUUGUAAUUUUUUUUUUUUUUUGUGUUAGUUCCUAUUUGCUGCCCCGCAAAGGAAUGCGUGCAAAAGACUUAUAAAUAAGAAACGAAAAAGAAAAGACUAUUACUCGUAUUGACUAAAAACGUUAUCGAAAUUUAAGAAAAAAAAAAAUACACACUGAUAGAUAGAUGCUGUUGAAUCGUUAAGCAAAGACUAGAUUUAAUGUUACAAGAAAGAAGGAAACAGAAAAGCUACACAUCAAAUGUUGGAGAAGAAAGGAAACGAAAAAUAAUACAGAAAGCUAGAGAGAGUAAAAACAACAACAUCGAACAUAAUAGCAAUAGAUAUUACAACGAAUUGUUAAACAAAUCAAAAUCAAGAAGAAGAGAACGCAACCGAACAAAA